GUCUCCGUUUCCACCAACCCAACCAUUCAUUGUCCAUGCACAUUCCAAUUGACCACCGGGAUCCUCUCUAGACACGUCUCCAUUGGCAGCCCUUCUGCUCCGUGCUCUGUUCCGUCCUUUCUGCUUUUUCUUCUCAUUUUGGUUACCUUCAUUCUGGCCUCUCCAGGUCUCUGUUUUCUUUCUUAUUUUCCCCCUUCUCUUUUCGGGGGUGAUCAUCGGGCCCGGCCUUUUUUCUCUCUCUCCUGGCCAUUCCUACCGUGUUGAUUGCCUAGUACGUCCUUCCCCCUUGACUGGGUGAUAUCGAUCAUUUCAUCGACGAACAACUCACCUCGUUCCUUUCUCUUAUUCUAGGGGACAAUUGUCCUGCUCGCUCCCUUUCCUCGCCAUGCAAACCUCCGAUGCAAGCAUCCCGAGUCGUCUGAUCCCCUCCAAGUUUUCCCACCUCAACGCGGACAGUACCGGGUUCUCUCACGGAGCAUACGCCUCCAACAACCUGCCCCUGCAGGGCCUGACGGACCGGAACGCUCGUCGAGCUAAUAUCCCUGCGAUUAAUACCUCUGCUCCCGUCUCCGACACGAUGGCCGCCUCGGGCACCGCGUUUGACAUGAACUUCACGCCCCUCCUACCUUCUCAGCUGCUGCUUGGUAGCCCCUUUCAACCGGGUACCCCUUCCGCGUUCGCUUCACCUCAGUUCGCCAACUUUGGUGGUUUCUCCCAGACCAAUCCCUCGGCACAUGCCCAGAAUCCUCCGAGUCACCACCAGUUGGGAAGUCCGACUCAGCCUUCGCAGAAUGCGAGUCUAUAUUCCGGUAUGAUGUCGACGGAUGGCAUGGGUAAUUCUCAGAUGCUGGGAGCUCCUCAGUCUCCUGUUGGUGGUCUGGGGGGUCUGGGCAAUGCGGCGUUUGGAAGUCCCGCUGCCUCGAUAACCCCUGGUUUGCUUUCGGGUACGAGCCGAACCGUGUACCUGGGCAACAUCCCGGCAGAAACCUCCGCAGAAGAGAUUCUGAACCAUGUUCGGAGCGGUCAGAUCGAGUCGGUGCGGUUGCUUCCCGAUAAGAACUGUGCUUUUAUCUCGUUCCUGGACAGCAACUCUGCUACUCAUUUCCAUUCGGAUGCCAUCCUGAAGAAGCUUGCCAUCAAGGGCAACGACAUUAAGGUGGGAUGGGGAAAGCCCUCGCAGGUGCCUACAUCGGUCGCUUUGGCUGUGCAGCAGUCCGGCGCCUCUCGUAAUGUGUACCUGGGAAACCUGCCGGAGGAAAUGACGGAGGAAGAACUGCGGGAGGAGCUAGGAAAAUUUGGACCGAUCGACACCGUUAAGAUUGUCAAGGAGAAGGCGAUCGGUUUCGUUCACUUCUUGUCUAUCAGCAAUGCGAUGAAGGCCGUUUCUCAACUUCCUCAGGAGGCCAAGUGGCAGGCGCCCAGACGCGUCUUUUACGGCAAGGACCGGUGCGCUUAUGUAUCCAAGACGCAGCAACAGAAUGCUGCUCAGUUCUUGGGCAUUGCCCCAGGCUAUGCACACAUCCUCAAUUCAGCGGACCGUGACUUGAUCACCAACGCACUUGCUCAGCAAUCCGUGGCCGCUGCAGCUGUGGCUACCACAGCUGGUGGGGUCAACAACCUGGGCAACCGAACCAUCUACUUGGGUAAUAUUCACCCCGAAACAACUAUCGAGGAGAUUUGCAACGUCGUGCGUGGUGGCUUGCUUCAUCAUAUUCGCUACAUACCCGAUAAACACAUCUGCUUUGUCACUUUCAUUGACCCUACAUCGGCCGCAUCCUUCUACGCCCUGAGCAACCUGCAAGGUCUUAUGAUCCACAACCGUCGUUUGAAGAUUGGUUGGGGUAAGCAUUCGGGUCCUCUCCCGCCCGCUAUCGCCCUGGCAGUGAGUGGCGGUGCUUCUCGGAAUGUAUAUGUGGGCAAUCUUGAUGAGACUUGGUCGGAGGAACGCCUUCGCCAAGACUUCUCCGAGUACGGAGAGAUCGAACUCGUGAACACGCUUCGCGAGAAGAGUUGCGCCUUCGUCAACUUCACCAACAUUGCCAAUGCCAUUAAAGCCAUUGAAGGGAUGCGGAACCGCGACGAGUACAAGCGGUUCAAGAUCAACUUUGGAAAGGAUCGUUGCGGAAACCCGCCACGUCAGGCAGGCAAUGGUGGUCCUCAGGGUCGCAAUGGAUCUGGGUUUGAGGGACCUCAGUCCCCUUCUCCGGCAUUGAAUGGUUUCCAGCAGAACCUCAGCCAAUCCGGCUCCAGUUCGAGCCCAACUCAUCCCGCACUAUCCCCUGCGCCAGGAUCUACGGGCUCUCAGAACGGCCACCAUCACAGACACCCCCUGCAGACCGUCUCGUCUCCAUCUGGCAUCCUCAAUGUUGGUGCAAACAACCCGUUGACCAUGUACCUGAAUCAGAUGUCCGCCCAACAGGCCCAGGAGCAGGAGAACCGCUUGAACGACCCCAUGACGUUGGCAGCUCUUCACUCGCAGCCCCAACCACCGCAACAGCAAUCGCUCUACAACGGCACCACUACCGCCGAGCUGACCAAUGGGAGCAUCGAGGCUCCGUUGCAUCAGCACAAGCCGUCGACCAACGGCUUUUUGAACGUCACCAAUGGAUCCACGGGACCGGGUCAUCAUGCCACGGCUAGCACCAGCACCUUGAGCGUGCCGCGGGCGCAGCACUCUCGGGCCGUGAGUCUGCCCUCGUUUUCUCAGGAACCUUUCGGAUCCGUCUCGAGCCAGCCCACUCGCUCCGGGAUUGCCCACCAGCCGCAGAGCAGUUUUUCGAGCUUCACAUCCGCUCUGGGCGGACUCAGCCAUGCCGGCUUCGGAUUGGCCAUCCAGAACGAGAGUUCGCUGCCUGGCUGGGCUGAAGAGGAGAUCGGAGCGAAAUGAUUUGCACCUUGCCGUUGCGAGCAUAAGACUCGCUGUUCAACCCAACGAAUGUAGCCCUUCUUUAUUCUUUACUUCGAUCUUUAUCGCCUUGCUACUUGACUAAUUCCUUCGAUGUCCCCAUUCUGAUUCCUUUCUUUGUACUGGUUUCAUUUCACCUUACUGUGGUUUUUCUUUCCCUUAAUUGUGCAAAUUUCGUUUCUCCGCCACCCCCUUAUUGGUUUUUAAUACUCCCUUCCUUCCUAUACCAUCACUUGUAUUUCUAGCUGGGUAUGAUCUUCUUCACCUUCUGCUUUUCUUUCUUGUCAUUUCCCUACUUUUGAUUCUGUUUUUGGCCAUUUAC